GUUGACUUUGCUUCAACUGUUCCAUACCUACUUUCCAUCUUUCACGAGGAAGAAAUGACAGAGACUGUGCAUGAAACCAACGGACAGGGAUACCUUGGUACUUUCAUAGGCCAAAAUGGCCGAGACAGUAGGCUACUGCUUAAAACACAAAUUGGGAAUUGUGUGGUGUAUCGUCAGAUCCUGGAAGAGCAUGUGAUAUUGUGCAACCAUGUUUUUGUGUUGAAUAAAUUAUGUCGAUGUAAUAAUUUUGUCCUUUUUGGCAAGCCCUUUUUGCUACAACUUAACUUACCAUGCAAUUCUACAGUCAUACUAUCCCUAAUCUGUUCGUAUGCCAUGCAUCAACAUAUUUUUGUAAGGUGACAGACAGCAGAGAGGCUGGAGGAGAUGGAGGCGAGGACAGAGGAGGUAGAGAAAAAGGGGCAGGAAGAGAUAGAGGAGCAGAGGCUGAGGGAGAGGAUGGAGGUGGUAGUGGAGGAGAACCCACAGUUGGAGAUAGAGGAGGAGGUGGAGGAAGACAAGCAGAGACAGAGGCUGGAAAUUCACAGGCACCUGCAGGGAGAGGACAGACAGGCACCUGCUCAGAAGAUACACGAGAGACAGACCCAGGCAGGGAGAGAAGUGAUCAGCAUGCAGAGGAGCUUGGUAGCUGCCCACAUCAGCCAAACUCUUGUUUUAUUCAAACUCAGUCCUUGACCAAAAAGACACUAAAAUUUCAGGACAGCUGGUUUAGGAAGCACACGUGGCUUCAUUACAGCAAGGCAUUGAAGGGGGUGUUGUGUUUUUAUUGUGCCAAAUAUUUUGCAAUUCAGAAAUCGUCUUUAGCCAGUAAGGCUGAUGGGGCAUUCAUAACAACAGGUUUCAGUAACUGGAAAAAAGCACUUGAGAAGUUCCAUCAGCAUGAAAACAGCGACUGUCAUGCAGCAGCGAUGACCACUUAUCUGCACAGCAAACAGCCAAUCACUACACAACUCUCAACGCAAUUACAGAAACAGCAGCAUGAGGCUAGGAACAGCCUCUUGAAGAUUGUGGGUGGGAUUAUGUAUCUGGCAAGGCAAGGCAAUGCUUUCAGGGGGCAUGACAGCAAAGAGGGAAACUUGCACCAACUGAUGAUUUAUAAAGCAGAGGAUGACGCCGAAUUCAACAGCUGGCUCCAGAGAGGCAAUAACUUCACCAGCCCAAAAAUUCUAAAUGAAAUCAUAAAAAUAAUCGGCAACAAAAUAGUAUAUGACAUCGUUAAGGAGAUCCUGUCAUUGCCCCUAAUCCAGUACUCUCUCAUCAUUGAUGGGACACAGGAUGCAGCUGGAGUCGAGCAAGAGUCGUUCUGUCUGCGCUUCAUUGACAAAAACUUGCAACCCAGAGAGGAAUUUAUCGGUCUCUACCAGGUUACAUCCACUACUGGAGAGAACAUCGCAAGUGCAGCCAAAGAUGUCCUGCUUCGCCUGAAUCUACCUCUUUCCCAGCUACGAGGUCAAGCAUACGAUGGGGCGGCCAAUAUGUCGGGACGAAUGCAGGGUGUGCAAGCACAUCUGAAGAAGGAGCAACCUCUGGCUGUUUAUGUUCACUGUGGGCCACAUUGUAUCAAUCUUAUUACCCAAGCUGCCUGUGCAUCCUCCACUAUCAUAAGAGAUGCUAUUCAUUUGGUGCAUGAAUUGGGCGUGUUGUUCCACCAGUCUAUGAAGUUCAGGGCCAUCUUUGCAACUAUAGCGAAGUCGGAUCAUACAGCUCCUUACACAUCGCUGAAGCCUCUUUGCCCCACCAGGUGGACGGUGCGAACGCCAGCCAUUCGCUCUGUUCUCAAUCAGUACCACUCCGUGCUUGCUGCAACAGAGGAAAUGGCUCAGUCUUCCAUGAUGGAUGUGGCUGCAAAAGCAAGUGGCCUUCAUGAGAAGUUUUUGAGGGGCAAUACACUUCUUGGCCUUCUUCUUGCAGAAGAUGUGAUGUCGAUGUUGGAGGAGCUGAACAUUUCUCUGCAGCAGAGAAGACAGACGACAUCAGGGAUGCUGGCUGCCGUGGAGCAUGUGAAGAGAGGGAUCCAGGAGAAAAGAUCAGAAGGGCAUUUUGGCCAGCUGCACAUGAGAGCAUCUCAGGUUGUAACAUCUGUAAGCCUGCAGCCCAUCAAAAUGCCUCACGUGAGAAUGCCCCCAAAACGCUUCACUGGUCCAGCCAUGCAGCAUCAGCAUCAUACGGCUCAAGACUACUACAGAGUGCAGUACUUUGGCACUUUAGACACUGUCGUUACACAGUGCUCAGAGCGUUUUAGCCAAGAGGGGCUUCAGAGGCUACAGAAGUUAGAAAACAUUGUCAUCACUGGGAAGAUGGAUACACUCAUCAAUGAAUACCCAGAGUUGGAUGCCAUGUCUUUGGACAUACAGUUGAAAAUGUUCAAGGCCAACUACCCCAGUACAAGUCUCUCAGAGGUAGCAGAGAUUUUGAAGGGUAUGACGCCAGAGGUACGACAUCUUUUUAGGGAAGUGGAGGCCCUCUUGCGACUUGUCAUGGUUGUUCCUGCCUCAGCAGAGGCUGAGCGAAGUUUUAGUGCCCUUAGACGCCUGAAGACAUGGCUGAGAACAUCAAUGACGCAAACCCGGCUAAACAAUCUUGCCGUUUGCCAUGUCCAUCAAGACAAAUUGGAUGCAUUGGACAGGAGACAGAUCUGUCAAAGAUUUGUGGAAAUGAAUGGGGAACGCCUCCGUACUUUUGGGGCAUUUAUUUAAGUCUUAUUUAGAUAUAUUUCUAUGCUCUUUUUGACCUAAUUAUCAGAAUAUCACUUAUCUUUGUUUAAGAAGCCAAUAAGUUAACAAUUGCACAUUUUGUAUUUGUGUUUUGCUACUUGACAGCCUACAAUAAAAAACAAGCUUUGAAUUGUAA